ACCAGCCGACCUCAAGGAACUCACGGAUUCGGUGCGGCGAACCUGCAGUGCUGUCGAUCGGGUUGUUUCACGUUUACUUUGGAUUGUUUUCGUGUAUUCACCAUAAUCGGAUUUCGAGUAAUACGUGAACAGUGCGUAAAUUUCAAUUAAACGAAACAAUCGUUUACCUGGCGAUACACGAUGGUCAGCAAAGAUCCGAAGAUGGUUACCCCAGAGCUAGCAAAUCCCUAUGUUAAACCGCCAAGCAUAUCAACCAGCCAAUCUCUCAAGAAUUUUCUUUAUAAUCGGGAGACCGGUGCUUUUUUUGGCAGAACAGCCAGUAGCUGGGGUAAAAUAGGAUUGUUCUAUUUGAUAUUCUAUGGUGUGCUGGCUGCACUUGUUGCAAUUUGCUUUUGGGGUUUCUUUCAAACCUUAGAUCCAAGGAUACCGAGGUGGCAGUUGGAACGUUCAAUAAUUGGAACAAAUCCUGGUUUAGGUUUUAGACCACGGCCACCACUGGAAAAUGUGGAAAGCACAUUGAUUUUGUACAGAGGCACUGACAGUGAGAACUUCAAAUUCUGGGUUGACUCUUUAGAAUUGUUCCUGAAAGAUUAUAUAACGCCCGGCUCAAUUCCCGGUCUUGGUGCCAAUAUUAAUAAAUGUGACUACAAUCAACCACCGCCUCCUGGUAAAGUCUGUGACGUCGACGUUAAAAACUGGUAUCCUUGUACUAAAGAGAACAAAUACAAUUAUCAUAAAUCAGCUCCUUGCAUAUUCCUCAAGCUUAAUAAGAUAUAUGGCUGGAAACCGGAGUUUUAUAAUGAUACAAAAUCGUUGCCAGAGGACAUGCCUGUCGACCUUAAGGAACAUAUCGACAAAUCAAAAAAUACUUAUCAGCUUGACACUAUUUGGGUGUCUUGUGAAGGCGAAAAUCCUGCAGAUCAAGAAAAUAUAGGACCAAUUGAGUAUAUCCCACGAAGAGGUUUCCCUGGUUAUUUUUAUCCUUUCGAAAAUUCCGAGGGUUACCUCAGCCCGUUAGUAGCUGUUCAUUUCGUUCGACCUCGCACUGGAAUUUUAAUAAACGUAGAAUGUAAGGCGUGGGCGAGAAACAUAAAACACAGCCGCCAUGACAAAAUGGGUGUAGUCCAUUUCGAGUUGAUGAUAGAUUAACACCGUUUACAUAUCUUUCUCUGGCCUCACCUUUGUUAGCGUACAGAAACUGAAUGUGAAUCUCAUAUAUAUAUUCUGACUCUUCGACGUAACAGGAUGCUGUUGAAACGACGAAGCCAUCAGAAAUCAAUGACCGCUGCCAAAGUGUGGAUAAAACUUUUGUCAAGUACAAAGUUAAGAGGAUUUUUGAUGAU